AUGUUUCAAAUGCUUCAAACCGUGGGGCAAUUCAGCGGAAUGCCAACUGAAGAUCCUCACCUCCAUCUCCAUUCAUUCUUGGAGGUGAGUGAUUCUUUCAAGAUACAAGGAGUGAGUAAAGAGGUGCUAAGGUUGAAGCUAUUCCCAUUCUCACUACGAGACCGAGCUAGAUCAUGGCUCAACACUUUGCCUCCUGAUUCUGUCACCAAUUGGAAUGAUCUUGCUGAAAAGUUUCUGAGGAAAUACUUUCCUCCUACUAGAAAUGCAAAAUUCAGAACUCGAAUGGUGUUAGAUGCAUCGGCCAAUAGUGCUAUUUUGUCGAAGUCUUACAACGAAGCAUUUGAGAUUUUGGAGACCAUUGCAAGUAAGAACUACCAAUGGUCUAACAAAAGAGCUCCAAGUAGUAGAAAAGUGGCGGGGGUUCUUGAAGUGGAUGCAAUAACGGCUUUGACAACUCAAAUGGCUUCCAUGACGAAUGUUUUAAAGAAUUUGAGCAUUGGGAACUCUAAAAAUAUUCAGCCAGCUGUUGCCAGUCAAAGUGAUGAUGUCUCAUGUGUGUUUUGUGGAGAAGGGCAUGUGUUUGAGAAGUGUCCCUCUAAUCCAGAGUCCGAGCAAGCUCCCGCACCAGCCCAAGGAAGACAAGAAUAUCCACCGGGUUUUUCACAACAAUCGCGACAUUCACAACAUGCACAAAAUUCUCAACCGAGUUUUUCGGAGAGUCUAAUGCGGGAUUAUAUGGCCAAAAAUGAUGCGGUGAUACAAAGUCAGGCUUGUUCUCUUCGAAACCUUGAGUUACAACUUGGACAUUUGGCCAAUGAAUUAAAAGCUAGGCCGCAAGGUUCUUUGCCUAGCAACACGGAAAAUCCAAGGAGGGAUGGGAAGGAACAAUGUAAAUCCAUUCAACUAAGGAGUGGCAAGCAUCUGAAAAAAUUCUGA